AUGUCUGCUAACACUCAAGAAAUACCCACUAUCGUCGUCGAAGAAGCUUCUUCUUCUUCCACUUGUGUUCCAGUUAUGGAAAUUCCAGCUGAACCCAUGCCAAUUGAAACCACUACUGCUACCACUUCGAACAGGAAGUUCAUGAAUCAUGUUCGUCAGUAUCCAUUUCUUGUUUCCACCAAGCAAGCCAUGCUUACCUUGCCAUACACCCAGGACGUGUGCACUCUUGUGAUUCCACCAAUUAGAUCUUUGAGAAACACCGAGCCAGUAAUGUCUAUUGUAAACACUGGAGAUGCUGUUGCCGAUCUCUUUUUGUGCCAAGUGGAUAGACUUGUGCCAAGCUUGAAGACUUUAGAAGUUUCCGAUCUCACUUCUCCAGUCACCAAACCAAUUGAAGCAACCAUGGUGGGAAUUGCCAGUUGUGUUGCUAUGGCCAACAGUGCCACUUCUAGCACCAUUCAAGCUGUUGACAACACUACCCAGAAGUUUGUGGUCGCACCAAGUGUCCUGGCUUGGGAGGCUAUUGUAGGUCUGUUCCAGUGGUUGCCAUGGAUGGGCACGAAGUCAGAGCCACAAACAGAAUCUGCCAUUGCUGUUGAAGGUGUCUCAGCCGUUGAAGCUGAAGUACCCGCUCCUGUUGAAUCUUAG